AAAUAAUUCCCCUGCCCUUCAACAUCUCCCCAAUUCUUCUUCGUACUCCAUACUCCUUGCUAUACUACCACUAACAAACAUGACAGAAACCCUCCGCCCCGCCUUCGUCGACCGCCCGCGGCCGUUGCUCUCCUACGGGAUUCCCUUCCCCGCCGCCGCCGCCCUGCACGUUGACGACCUUUUCCACGCCUCCCGAGUCUACAUCAUCUGCUCCGGAUCCCUAGCCCGCAACACCAAUGCGCUGGACCGACUGGUCGCCGCAAUCGGCGAGAAGAAAGUAGUUGGGAAACGGAUUGGCAUGCAGAGCCACACGCUGUGGUCCGAGGUCUUGGAGGUUGCGAACGCCGCGAGAGAAGUCGAGGCCGAUUGCUUGAUCACUCUGGGGGCUGGCAGCCUGACAGAUGCAGCCAAAGUGGUUGCGUUGGCCCUCGCCAACAACGCAACCACAAUGACGGCCCUCGCCGCCCUGCCAACGGGACCCUCCCAAUCCGCCGACCUCCACCCGCCCUCGAUCCCAAUCAUCUCGAUCCCGACCUCCCUAUCCGCCGGGGAAUACAGCUCGUUCGCGGGCGCGACGCACGACACGACGCGCCGCAAGCACAGCUUCCAGUCCCCGAUCCGGGGCCCGGGGCUGGUGAUCCUGGACCCGGGGCUGACGACGACGACGCCGGCGCGCGUCUGGCUGUCGACGGGGGUGCGCGCCGUCGACCACGGCGUCGAGACGUACUGCGCCGCGCGGGGCACCACCACCACCGAGACGGACCAGCUCUCCCUGCACGCGCUGGGCCUGCUGGUGCCCGGGCUGAUCCGCACGGCCCGCGACCCCGCGGACGUCGCCGCGCGCCUGAACUGCCAGCUCGGCUCGGUGGAUGCCAUGGCGGCCGUGACGGCCGAGCAGGGCGCGCUGCAGCUGGGGGCGAGUCAUGGCAUCGGCCACCAGUUAGGUCCCCUCGGCGUCGGUCAUGGCGAAACCUCCUGUAUCCUGCUGCCCGCCGUCUGCAAGUAUAAUGCGGCGCACGGGGCGAAUCGGGACCGGCAGGAGAAGCUGAAACAGUUCCUCGUCAAGCGGGCCGAGGUGGUGGAUGUCUUGCGCCGCCAGGGGAAGGAGGAUCUGGACCAGGUGGACCUGGGCGAUGUGCUGGAUGCGGUCAUCCGCGAGCUGGGCAUGCCCCGCUCCCUCCGGGAGGUUGGCGUCGGCCGGGAUAAGCUGGACAGCCUGGCCGAGAAUAGUCUGCACGAUCGGUGGUGCCAGACGAACCCCGUGCCCUUGAAGGAGAAGAGCCAGGUGCUGGAGAUCUUGGAGAUGGUGGUGCAGUGACGUGACGUGACGAAGACGGGCGGGUACUGUACUAAACUAUAUCUAUAUAUCGAAAGACGGGCCUUGCGGCGAGCUACGACAGAAUCCUC